AUGGCACAGCCCAAAUCUCUAAGGAGUCAGAGAAUGAAGCGGCCGGAGGAGGCUCGAGGGGAUAGCGUAGCGGCUCAGCGGAUGGGACUCUCCCCUUCCUCGCCAAGAGGAGAGAAGCGCGACUCUUCGAGCGAGGGCAAAGGUCCUCCGUCUCGCGCUCUCAGCAGCAAGAUUACACCGGGGGGGAAGCCGCAAAAGGAAUCUGCAGUUGCGGACUGCGCGAACAAGGCAGAUGCGGGUCCUGCAGAGGGCCACCAAACUCCAAGGGAAAGCCAGCAGCCUCCUCAUGACGGGAGCUCCAGCCGCGGGGACAGCCACGCAGAUGAACCGUCUCUCUGUCCUCCUAGGGACAGGGCCCAGGAAGUCUGUGAGUCGUCUUCUCCUCAAGGUUCCUCAGGAGAGGUGAAAUCACCCCACAGGGAUCCUCACUCGGGUCCAGGUUUAACACCUGUUGUUGCACUCGAGGCAAACCUUCAAAGACAGAUAACUGAACUGAUGCGGCAAAAUGCCCUCCUGAGACAGGCCCUGUUAAAGCACAUAAGCAGAGAGGAGCUUCUGUUUCUCUUGGCGUACAACACCACGAUCGUCCCCAGCUACGCUGGAGACGAACAAUCCCUGCAAGACCCCGCGCAUACCCCACGGGACUCUACAGCUGCGGACGCCUCCACAACCGAACCAGAAAAUAACGAAGGGGAAGAAGAGCAAAAUGGCCGAACACGGAACAUCGACCUACCCUGUGUGAAACAGUUUUUCAUGGCGAUGCAAUGCUGUUCGCGGCCCCCCCAUGAAGCCCCUGUCCCCAGUUCCCCUUUUAAUUCCCUAACCACUUGUGAAGGAAACACAACCAGUAUGGACUCAGAUGGUUAUUCCUCGAUUGCUGUGGAUUUCGAUCCCUUCGGGAUGCAAAAGGAAGAUAAGGAGGAGGCGGAGACCCCGCCGGUAGAAGCUGACAGCCAAAAAUCAACCGUGCCUUCCUCUACAACAUCUACAAAUCCGCAGCGGCAUGCCGUGGAAGGCGGCUCUCUUACGCCGCUGCCCACUCUUUGCGUAGGGCGUCCACCGCACCGGGCGACCUCCCUCGGAGCCCUGGACUCACCGUCCCCUGCCAAGCCCCGAGGAGCCUUUGAACUCACGCGAGUGGCAGCCUUGCGACAACCGCUGCACUCUGCAGGACGCGCCUCCUUUGGGGGAAGGGGCUGCAUGGCCCUUAGAACUGUAGAGGAGGGAGAGACGAACACGGAAAAGGUCAAGGUGGCGGUAGAACUGAGGAUUCGGAUUUGGGAGGAGCAUUCCAUUGACUCGAAGCUGGAUGCACUUUUUGCUAAAGCACGAGCAGCAAGAGCUGAUGGCUACUUGUCAGCAGCUCGACUUAAGCAAAACACUGUGCGCUCUGAUGCGCGCUUCUUUACCCGCAGAUCAUCGCUGGUGUUCGUUGUCGUCGAGCUUGCAGCCUUUGUGGCACCUUACUGCGCCGCCGUAUCCCCCAGAGAUGAAGAUAUUUCCAAUAUGAUUCCAGAGAAAGAACCGCAGCAACGCGAGUUCCUCAAGAUGGGCGGAACAGACCGCCGGGGAUCUCCUGCGGGAGGAGGCUUCAUUUGCUCGAGGGGUUCGAUUGUGCUACCGCUCAGCGCAGCAGCUGCGUAG